AUGGCGACAGCAGAUGAAGGCCCGCUCAGGUUGCUUUCGCUGGACGGGGGUGGAGUUCGCGGACUCUCCAGCCUGAUCAUUCUCAAGCACCUCAUGCAAACUGUCGACGCCGACUCACCUCCUAAGCCAUGCGACUACUUUGACCUCAUCGGCGGGACAAGCACUGGCGGAUUGAUUGCGAUCAUGCUUGGACGGCUGAAGAUGGACAUCGAUACCUGCAUUGACAAGUAUCUGAGGCUCUCUGGUGAAGUUUUUCAGCCCAAGCGCCGCCGACUUGACUUAUUUGGUCGAGGCGGCGACGCAUUGAAGCUGAGAGGACGAUUCAGCUCUAAAAAGCUCGAGGAGAAGAUACAAGAAAUUGUCAAGGAACAGGAAGAGGAUGCCGAUGCUUUAUUGAAAGUGGAGAAAAGUCCAAAGUGCAAAGUAUUCGUCUGCGCAACUCGCGCAGACACAGGUAUUCAUACCGUGCUCCUAAGGAGUUAUGCAUCGAGACAAGUUGCCGAGGUCGAUUGCACCAUUUGGGAGGCAGCCCGCGCAACUUCCGCUGCCUCUGGGUUCUUUGACCCUAUAAAAAUAGGUAAAUUUGGGGAGCAAUUUUUGGAUGGGGCCACUGGUGCCAACAAUCCAAUCGAGAAAGUCCUCGAGGAGGCACGAGCCAUUUGGCCCGAUUUGACGGAGAGACUACAAUGCAUCGUCAGUAUUGGAACUGGACAGCCUUCGCUUUUGCCAUUCGGAAGCAAUCUCAAGCAAGUUGCGACUACACUGAUCAACAUCGCUACAGAAACUGAGAACACGGCAAAGAACUUCCAAAUCAACCAUGUUCCGUCGCUUGGGAGCCCGAGUCACAAAAAAUAUUUCCGGUUCAAUGUGGCAAAAGGCCUCGAGGAAGUUGGACUCGAAGAACAUGAGCGAAAAGCACAGAUUGCAGCUACCACGAAAGUAUACCUAGAAACUCCCGAAACUGGAACAGACAUUCAGACAUGUGCGGCUCUCUUGAAAGGGGGGACCCCUGGUCAGUGA